GUUUGGUCGUGUUUUUUUAAUUUUCCCGUUUAAAAAGAGCUGAUAUUUUCUACACCUUCUUUUCCAAUUAUAUUCUUCCUGUCUUCAGUCUUCACCCCUCUACCAAAUCCUAAAUCUUACUACCCGCUGUUCUCUCGACCUUAAAACCUUUUGUAAACCCAGAAUAGCAGACCGCUUGCUAGAGCUGUUCGGCGACCAACCAUGACCGGCUAUUUGCAGGAGCAGGAGAUGGAAAUUGAAGCUCUUGAAGCUAUCCUUAUGGAUGAGUUUAGAGAAAUUCACUCCGGAGAGAGCGGGCUUAACACUUCUAAUAAAUGUUAUCAUAUCACCAUAUCACCACAGGAUGAUGAUGAAGAUCAUUCAUCCACUCUGCCAGUUCAAUUGGCAUUGAUUUUCUCGCACACUGAAAAAUAUCCAGAUGAGCCUCCACUUCUUGAUGUGAGAAGUAUACGUGGAAUUCCAACCGAAGAUCUCAGAACUUUGAAACUAAAGCUUGUUCAAGAGGCAACAGAGAACCUUGGGAUGGCCAUGGUGUACACACUUGUUACAUCUGCUAAAGAAUGGCUGAGUGGAAGAUUUGGUCAAGAUGGGGAUGUUGAGGAUGCUGCAGAUGAUGAAAUGGCUAAAGAUGAAAUUAUAGUACCACAUGGAGAACCUGUGACUGUUGAAACUUUCUUGGCCUGGAGAGAAAGAUUCGAAGCAGAGAUGGCAUUAGAGCGAGCCAAAUUAAUACCAGAUUCUGCACUUGCUACUACCAAGGAAAAGAAGCUCAGUGGAAGGCAGUGGUUUGAAAGUGGACGAGCAGUUGCAGCAGCGAGAGGCGCAUUGACUACCAAGGAAGACUCUGAAGAGGACGAUGAAGAAGACAUCGACUUUGAUGAUGAUGACUUUGAAGAUGAUGAAGAAGAUAUGCUCGAACAUUACUUGGCUGAGAAAUCCGAAGAUUCAUCUUCACACUCCUCAAGGAUGGCUGUCUAACUACAGUGCAAUAUCUGCUCCUUUUAGUCAACAUACUAUCAGCCAGUCAGACUUUUUGGUAUCCCGUCUAAAAGCUGACCAUAGAGCCUAUUGGAGGCGCUUGUCAUGUUUGCCACUAGUCUACCGUGUGGGCAACAGAUUGUUUGUGUAGCUUGCACAGGAGAGAAAGGCAAGUUCGUAGAAAGAUUGAUUGUUGGCGCUUCGCUUUUUAGUUGAACCUACAUUAUAUCAAAGAACAUCGUUUAUUUGGUAAAUUUAAUUCCGAGAAUAUUUCCAAAUCGUUAUCAGUAUUACUAUCAUCCUGUUUCAGGAAAGAAUCACUGCCAAAAGGACACAUUUUGAAAUUUCAGUAUCAAAAUCAAAAUAUUUAAAAUGCUGAAUGUAUAGUAAUUGAUUGUAUUUCUGUCGUACA